AUGGCUUCAGGUGCUACUCCGCGCGACUAUAAGGCCCGUUACCCCCUUGAUCCUUAUGGCCAAGAGAUGUCCGGAAAUGCUCGAAUAUGGUCUAUCUACCUUGAAGAAGCGGCUGAUUUUGAUGCCAAUAUGUUGGCAGAAUGGCGGGAUACCAUCGGUGUCCUACUUGUGUUUGCCGGUCUUUUCUCUGCGGUACUAACAACAUUCGUGGUACAAACGCCGCAAAACAUGCAACCAGAUUACGGCGAGGCAUCAAUGCUCCUUCUCUUUGAAAUCCUCAAGGCCACUGCAUCGAAUCGUUCCCAAUCCUCUAUUCCCUCCUCACCCAUCGCCUUCUUUAGUGCCAGUCGUUCCGAUGAGUGGAUGAACAGCUUGUGGUUCGUGAGUCUGACGUUCAGUCUCAUCACUGCCCUCGUCGCCGUUCUGGUCAAACAAUGGCUCGACCAAUACGUCGCCGUCGUCUCCGACAGCUCUGCGCGCGACCGUGCAAGAAUCCGACACAUGCGAUACGCUGGUCUACAGACGUGGCAGGUGCCGAUGAUCAUCGGCUUGCUUCCGGUCCUCCUUCACAUUUCAUUGGCAUUUUUUUUCGCUGGUCUCGCUAUUUUUCUGUUUUCUCUAGGCAUGAAAGUGGCGUGGCUAGUAUCGACUAUUGGUGCAGCAACAUAUGUGGCCUAUAUCAUUGCCCUAAUCCUUCCCUUCAUAUAUCCCUACUGUCCAUAUAAGGUCCCGUUAACGCUUUACGCCCACCGUCUAUAUCAACUCGUUAGCAACUGUUUCCUUCCACGUAUCAUUUUCGCGCCACACUACCCCUUUCCCCACAUGUUCCACCACGACAGCUGUUUUCACCUAUCCAGGUACCACAAAUGGCACCAGGAUUUCAUCCAUUCCCGUCAAAAAUGCCGCACUCUGAAGGACAUCGAACACAAUUAUGUUCAGGAAUGUGCCCCAAAAGUCGAUGCGCAAUCGCUGCAUUGGCUACACUCCUCCACGUCUAACGCAUCGGUGCACCAAAGUGUGCUGCAAGCCAUUUCCGGGAUGUCGUCUGACGCUACAAGGUAUCUCCCAGAAAAAUACAGAUCCGCAUUAGUGGUAUCUCUGCACCAGCAGAUAGAACGCAUGAAACCACUCGUGCCAUUUCCUGGUGCCAGAAGCGAAGUGGUUGAACUAGAGCUCUACUGCCGAGCAUUAUCGCUUCUCUGCGGUCAUCUCACAGUCAAAUGUUCCAACGGGCAGCUGAAAAUGGCUUUGUACUCUAUGACAAGCCCCGAGAAGGCGUCGUCUGUUUUUCUUGGAAUUCUUCAAGGCCCGCUGCACCAUUUCCUCACCUUGCCUUCAUUAGUGUGGAAGAUACUAGUCGACGUGGCUUUCUCCUCCCCGACCCUCCGCAGUGGUGUUCUGGAAUCAGAGCUCGAGCUCAUGAAAAUCCUUGCAGGGUCCAUGACUACUACAGGCGAGAAUGAGGAUGUCACCACUAUCGACAAGCCUACAGAAGAGGUGAAGGAGCACAUUCUUGACAAAUUAUCCGUUUUCUGGAAGUAUGAUCCCACUCAAAAGCCAGUAGCUACAGACACUUCUCUCCACUUUCGUGCUAUGGCUGUAUUUAUCCCUCAGAUACAUCAGAGACUGUGCGAUUCAGUGUUUGCCUUAGAGCGAAAGCAGAUAAUCGACACCUUCCAGCCUUUCCUCGACAUCAUUGAACACACCCAGUACCAGGCCGAAGAAUUUAAACCCGUCCUCAACACGCUAUACUCCCUUCUUUCCUCCGAGGUUUUUGCCACUGUCGGCGACCUUGAAACACUCGUUCGCAGGAUACUCACGGUUCUCGACGCCCACCAAUAUGUCCAAAACCUAACUCCAAAUAUACGGUUCCAUUCCAUCGCUUAUCCAAAGCAAGGUAAACUCAACAGUUAGUGACAAAGAAGCAUAGGCAGAUCACUAGGGAUGUACACACAAUGGCAGAUAUUUUAUAUGGCAUAGUCUGACGAAAAUAUGCCACUUGAUCAAAUAGUUGUCAAAUAGUACACAAUAUGUACAGGAAUAUAAGUGGG